GAGCUCGCCGAGAGACACGCUGUCAAACAUGGACGAGCAGGUUCGGCAUCAGUUCGAACUGCUGAGGCAGGAGUUCGCGGCUCAAAUAGGUCAGGCAGCCGACGAGAUGAGGAGGCUGGAGAACGAGAAUCAGCGUCUUCAGCAGCAGGUGGCAGGAGGCCUCGCGGCAAUCCCGCAGGCGAUCGAGCGGAUGGGCGAGCAGAUCAGAGGCGCGACGAGCGCGGGUGGAGCCGUUCAAGGUCUCGUAGACACCAAGGGGAUCGGCAAGCCCACGACGAUGGGCGACGACCAAGAAAAGUUCGGCGCCUGGAAUCGCAAGAUGGAGAACUACGUGAUCGGCGUGUACGGAGAGAGUUUUCGCCCUGUUCUUCGGUGGGCAGCCGAAGCCGAACGCCCCGUGACGAUCGAGGGAGCUCGGGCGGUGCACGACGGAGUUCCAGAGCUGGAGACCAAGGUCAACCAGCUGUACGCGGCGCUGCUCAGCACGACGGCGGACGGCAGCGAGAGCAACGACCUCGUGACGGGCGCCCCCGACGGGAACGGUCUCGAAGCCUGGCGGAAGCUCCACCGCAGGUGGGAUCCGACGACAGGCCCGAGGAAGAGGCUGAUCCUGAGGUCGAUCAUCUCGCCUCCGAAGUGCAGCGCGGACGAGCUGGGGUCCGCCUUAGAGAAGUGGAUCCAGCAGAUAGGCAGGUACGAACGCCGCCAAGGAGAAGAUGGUCUGGCCGAGCUGCCGGAGGAUAUCAAGAUGGCGGCCCUCGAGAUGCUCGUGCCUCAGGACAUCGAGAACCACCUCGUACUCAACAAGCAUCGGCUCGUAACGUUCCAGGACAGUCUGAACGAGGUAAUGACGAUCGUAGAGGCUCGGACCGGCGUGAAGAUCAAGGAGCCAUCGAUCCGUGCGCGGGCGCAUCAUCCGGACGACAUGGACGUCGGAUCGUUCGGAGCCCCGAAAGGCAAAGGCAAAGGCAAGGGCAAGGCGGCAGGCAGCCUGGAGGAGGAGCCUGAAGCGGAGGUCGCCGCUCUGGACAUGGGCAGCUUGGACUGCCUGGAGCUCGCCAGCGGCAGCGGCCGCGGCAUAGCGGCGGUCGACCUCUCCCCCUUCGCGCAGGACGACUGGAUGAAGUUCAACUGGGACAGCGGUGCAGCUAUCUCAGCAUUCCCUCGGAGCUUCGCGCCGCCGACGGGAAUGAAGGGCAACGGCAGCACGUAUCGUACGGCCAGUGGUGAGCUCGUCCCGGACGAGGGCAGCUUGCAGCUCAAGGCGGAGGACGAGUACGGAGUGCUACGAGCACUCAAGGGACGCGUGACGAACGUGCACAAGCCGUUGAUCUCGGUGGGGCAGGCAGCAGGAGCUGGACAGUGUUCAUUCCUGGGUCGCAAUGGCGGCUGGAUAUUCCACGAGAAGAGCCCAAUCGGCAAGCGCGUGGUAGGCAUGCUCGAGAAGGAGGCGAAGGCGGCGAAGCACCAGAUGCUGCCGGUCUAUCGCGAGCAGGGCGUCUACAACUUCUACCUCAAGAAGGGCCAACAUGGCUCGGUUGCUCCUCUCGAGGAGGGACUUUCGGCGAAGUCGAAGUCCGAGCUAGUGGAGCUCCUCAGCGGCAAGUCGAAGGAGGAGCUGCUGGAGAUCCUCGAGAAGACAGACGACGAGACGGCGGUGCCGGUGGUCUCGUCCGACUACGCCUUCAUGGGCCAGGACGACGCGGACACCAUGCCGAUGCUGGUACUUAGGGAUCGGCGCUCGAAGAUGAUGGCAGCGACAUUCGUGGAGAAGAAGGGCGACGACGCCUACGCCAUCAAGUUCUUCGCACGCUUCUUGCGGAUCCUGGGCUACAGGAAGAUCGUCAACAAGUCCGACGGCGAGCCGGCGAUCCUGUUGGUCAAGAGGCGUGCGGUGGAGGAGGUUCCUGGCCUCGAGGCCAUUCCCCAGGAGUCGGCACCGGCCGAUCAUCAGGCCAAUGGGGAGAUCGAGGUCACGGUGCGCGAGAUUAAGAAGCAGGUGCGGGCGCUCAAGAUGGACCUGGAGUCCAAGCUGGGCGUCAAGGUGGAGGACAAGCACCCGGUGCUAGCGCACCUGCCGGAGCACGCCGCAUCGGUAAUCAACCGAUACCGGCGCGGCCAGGAUGGCAAGACCGCUCUCCAGCGGCUCACGGGACGGCAGUGGAGGAAGCCGGUCCCGCUCUUCGGCGAGCGCUUGAUGGCGCGGUUCGCCGGGGAGCGCGCGAGGAAGAACGCGCUGGAGGAGCAGAUGGUGGAGGCUCGCUACAUCGGCCACCACCCGCGCGACGGCUCGAUGAUGGUCAUCACGAGCGACGGCGUGAAGAAGGCGGUAGGCUUUCGCAGCCUGCCGCAGAGCGAGAAGUGGAUCACGGCGGGCUGGGAUGGCCUGAAGGGCCUGCCGUGGGACGUGGCUCCGCGUGCGGCAAGCGCGCCGCGGGCCAUCGUCGGACCUGGAGAGGUCGGACCGCCACCAAUUGUGGUGGUGUCGCCGCAGCCGCAGGCGCCGAGGAGGAUGUACGUCCUCAAGGCGGACGUCGAGCGGCUGGGCGCAACGCCGGGAUGCCCAGGGUGCGUCUCGAUCGCCAAGCACGGCAAGGUGCUGGCUGGCCAUGCGCACAACGCGGUGUGCAGCAAGAGAAUCUUCGAAGCGCUGGACGCUGAGGAGGCAGGCCGGGAGAGGACCGGCCAGUAUCGAGAGCGGAGGCAGGGCCAAGAGGCCAGAGUCCGACCAGCGGCAGCGGCCGCGGCAGGGACCCCUCCGCCGAAGACGGCUCGGAGGAUCACCGAGCCGGUGGCAGCGGCGGCGGCGGCAUCGGCCGCGCCGGCCGCGACCCGAUCGGCAGCAGCGCCAGCCGCGGCAGCCGCAGCGGCGCGCAUGCGAGAGAGCCAGCCGGUAGCAUCGGGCUCCGGCGGGGCGGCUCCUUCAGGAGGAGCGAGCUCCAGUUCGGGAGCAGUGCGAGCGGCAGAGGCCGCCGAGGAUGUCGACAUGACCGCGACCAGGUCGCGGCUGAAGCGCUUGGCGGAGGUGGCCCCGGAUGACGUGCCGGAGGCCCUCGAGCGCGGCGAUCCACAGCCGGCAGACGUGCCGGUACCGGUGGACAUGGAGGAUCUCGCGGCGCAGCCGGCGCCAGCGGAAGGACCUCAGCUGCCAGCUGGAGUGGCAGUCGUGUGGGACGCCAGUGAGGGGAGGCACAUGCGGGUGCUCGCCCUCGAUGUGGCGUCGAUCGAGCUGGUUGAGCUCGGAGUGCUGACGAGAGCGAAGGCGGAGUUGCUCCCGCUCGUUCGCGAACAGGUCAGCGGCCAUUGGGCCAGCGCCGGCGUGGACAUCGCCGACGAAGAGGUGGACAGCAUCGCCCUAUCGGCGUUGCAGCUGGGCGCCGUGGACGUGGCCGAGGUGUACUCGCCACAUCGGUUCUCGGCUCGGGCAGCGGAAUUUCAGCUGCGCCCGGGCUUCGCGGCGGACCUGGAGGAACUCAAGGAGGACGGGGCGCCGUGGGACUUGCGGCGCCCCGAGGAUGUCAAGGAGCUCGAGAGGCAGCAGGAGCGGAUGGAUCCCAUCCUGCUCACGGGGUCCCCUCCAUGCGAGAAGUUCAGCUUGCUGAGGGGCCUGAGCGCCAAGUUCAGGACCGAUGAGCAGGAGGCGGCUGAGAUGGAGGAGGCCAGACACCACCUGAAGGUGGCAGUCGACGCCUACUGGCGUCAGCUCAGGAAGCCAGGCAGGUACUUCCUGCAUGAGCAUCCCUGGAGCGCGCGAUCGUGGAAUGAGGACAUCGUCAAGGAGCUGGUCGCGCAUCCAGGAGUCUUCACGGUCAAAGGCCCCAUGUGUCGGUGGGGCAUGAAGCUCGCGAACCCACGCAGUGGUCAGGAGGAGUUCGUGCGCAAGGAGACCGGAUGGGUCACCAACCAUCCAGGCUUAGCCCGGAGGCUGCAGGGCACUUGCAGCCAUGUGGACGGCCGCGCGGAAUGGCAUCGCCACAUCACGCUCGUGGGCGGCAUCGCGCGGUUCGCGAAGGUCUAUCCACCGAAGUUGGUAGAGGCGGUGCUGGAGGAGCUCAAGGACACGCUGGAUGACGUGGGAGAGCUCAGCACCGCCCAGGUGCAGCAGUCGGGCCCAGUCCCUGUGGACGCGGCAGUGCCGCCCGGGGACUGGACGAGUUACUGGGGCGACGUCAAUGGCGGCUACCUGGAGGCGGGCCUUGUGGCCCAGGCUCGCGCGGUCGAGCGCGAGUGGGUCAAGAAGCAGGAGCUGAUCGAGAUCGUCCCGAGGUCUCAGGCUUUCGCCGAGACUGGGCGUCCGCCCAUCCCACUCAAGUGGGUCGACACGAACAAGGGUGACGCGGAGAGGCCCAACUACAGGAGCAGGCUCGUCGUGAAGGAGAUCAAGGCGAAGAAGCGCCCCGACGAGCAGCUGGAGGCGUCCGAGGUCUUCUCGGCCAUGCCUCCUCUGGAGGCCAUGCGGUCGCUGGUCUCGCUGAUGGUCACGUGGACGCGGGAAGCACCGCUCCACAUUCAGGAGUCGCUUCGCAAGAAGGGCAGGAAGCCGGGCAACUUCAAGAUCGGCUUCUUCGACAUCAGCAGGGCGCACUUCUACGGGAAGGCGCAGCGGAGGAUCUUCGUAGAGCUGGAGGAGGAGAGUCGCAAGGAGUACGGCGAGGACAAGUGCGGCCUACUCCUCAAGUCCUGGUACGGCACGCAGGACGCCAGCAAGAUCUGGCAGGGCGACUACACGGAGCUGCUGGAGGAACACGGCUACAAGGCGGGCGUGUCGUGCCCAGCGGUCUUCUACAAGGAGGUGGACGAGACGAGGCUGCUGGGGCACGGCGACGACUUCGCGGUGCUGGCUCAGCAGCAGGACAUCGACAGCUUCGAGGCCACGCUGGGCAAGAAGUACGAGUUCAAGAAGACUGCGAACCUAGGCUUCGACGAGGGCGAUGACAAGCAGGCGGUCUUCCUGAAUCGGGUCAUCGAGGUCAGUGCGGGAGUUCCGCCUGGCGGUGGCCGGCCCUGCCGGCAUGCGAUGAUCGAGCCGGACAAGCGGCGCGCGGAGAUCGUGAUCGACGAGUUGGGUCUCAGCAAGGCCAACGGCGUGGACACGCCGAUGGAGAAGCGCAGCGCCGACAAGCAGAUGAUGGAUGCGAAGUCGGCGGCGUUGGGAGCAGCGGAAGCUUCGCGCUUCCGAUCCCUCACCAUGAGGGUGGCCUACCUGUCUCAGGACAGGCUGGACUUGGCAGAGGCAUCAAAGACGCUCGCUAGGUCCAUGCAGACGCCAACGGAGGCGAGUUGGCUCAUGCUCAAGAGGGUUGGCCGCUACCUCAAGCGGCAUCCUAGCACGGUGACGGUUUUCACGGAGCAGAAGAUGUUCGACAAGAUCCGGGUGUACGUGGACUCCGAUCAUGCGGGCUGCGCAGUCACCCGGAAGAGCACCGGAGGCUUCGUGGCGAUGCUGGGGCAUCAUGUCGUCAAGCAUGGCAGUAAUCUGCAGUCGACGGUUUCUUUGAGCAGCGGAGAGAGCGAGUACUACGCCCUGGUGAAGGGCGGGAGCGUGGGCCUGGGCCUUCACAGCCUCUUCGCGGAUUGGGGGCUGGACCUGAAGGUGGAGCUUGCCUCGGAUUCAUCGGCGGCCCGGGGCCACGUCCAACGGCGGGGUCUCGGGAAGAUGCGACAUGUUCAAUCACGAUACUUGUGGAUCCAGGAGCGCGUGGGUAAGGGCGACCUCUCGAUCGCCGCGGUUCCUGGUAAGAACAAUGUCGCGGACGUGCUGACCAAGAGCGUGGGUGGCUCCCUUUUGAGGAGACACAUGGCGACGCUCAACAUCUGGGAUCGGACACCGAGUUUGACUCAGAAG